AUUAAUGUCAAAGGUCAGAUCUCUCAAAUUUUAUGCACGCUUCAUUGAUUUUUAUCGUGGUUGCAAGCUUCGGUUCUUUGUAGUUCCUGUCAUCUUUGUUAUUUCAAGAUGUCCGGGAGGGUAAAACGAAAACCAGAGAAACUUGUUGAAGACGACGAGGUGGCAUCACCAAGUCCCGCCCCCUCAGGAACCCCAGGGGGCGGAGCUAAGGGCGGCAAGGGUAAGGGGGGUGGACCGGGAGGUAAGAGAGCUCACAGGAGCUGUGAGAAGUCUCGCUGUCCGGAAAAGACGCCGCUGUGCUCCAUAAAUGCCCACGACAGGUGCGCUGGUAGUGGUUACACAAGCCGAUGGUACCAUUUGUCAUCAGGGGAACAUUACUGCAAUGAAUGCUUCGACUACUUCUAUAGAAGCCACCGUGUCGGCUUUGAGCAGGUGGCCCGUUGGAAGCGAGAGUGGAGUUGCACCGGCAAGACCGAACCAAACCUGCGUACCUUCAUGGUGGACCAGUUACUCCCCUACUGGCUUCAGUGCACCAAGCCGGACUGCGGCAAAUGGCGCUCCCUACCCAGUGGUCAAGAAAUCAACACCGAAGCCAUCAGACAGUUCACGUGUGCCGUCGGCAGAACAGCUGAUGCUGGAGAAGGGGAAACUGCCAACCCUUGCGAUGUAGAGGAAGACAUCCGAGUCCAGAAGACCCUGCAACCAGAAUGGCUGGAGACGUUACUCUUUCCUCCUCUUCUCAAGAACUCCCCCGCUGCCCCGUUCCUGGCUUCCUACUUCCCGGACGGCGUGGGGCUCAGCGCUACGUGUGAGCUAGUCAAAAAGAAACCAGGAGAAAGGCAUUCCUACAGUGGCACUUCCAACAUACCAGUUACGGGUGUCAGCCCCUACUUCCAACCCUUCUACCAGCCCGAUGAGCAGGGUAAGGCGAUGUGCGUCCGGCCAGACAUGAUGGAACACGAUGAGAUUCAGGAAUUCCCUGAAUUCACCAAGGAACAACAGAUGUAUCUGGCGCUGAGGAACCUGGUCAUUGCACUCUGGAGCACAAGCUGCAAGGAGUUUUUGACGGUAGAGAAGUGCAUACAUCACCUCAUAGUCCGCGGUCUGAUUAGAAUCCGCUGCGUUCAGCUGUUGGUUCCCGUCAUCCACUUCUUAUCACGGAAAGGUCUCAUCAAUACGGGGCUGCUGAGAGAUCCUGUAGGAGGAUCAUUGUUACCUCCGGAGUUUAACCAGGGUCCAGUGGUCAUCAUCGGAGCUGGCCCCGCGGGCCUAGCUGCAGCCCGUCAGCUGACCAACUUUGGCUGUCAGGUGACCGUCUUAGAAGCCAGGGAUAGAAUUGGAGGUCGUGUCUGGGAUGACGAUAGUCUUGGUGUCUGCGUAGCUAAAGGAGCACAGACAGUCAACGGGUGUAUCAACAAUCCUAUCUCGUUAAUGUGCGAACAGGCGGGACUGAAGAUGAAGCUGAUUCAGGAUCGCUGCCACCUCUUGGAAGGAGACGGUCAACUGAUUGACGCUUCCCUAGAUCGGCGCGUUGAUUUCCACUUCAAUGCCAUGCUGGAUGCCAUAGCUGAAUGGCGGAAAGAUAAGACGCACACCAGCGAUGUCGCACUGGGAAGGAAGCUUUUUGAGAUGCACCGAAUCUUCAUGGAGGAGACGAGCCUGACCUUCACACCGACAGAGAACAGAUUGCUACAGUUCCAUAUCAGCAACCUAGAGUAUGCAUGCGGCUGCAAUCUAUCCAAGGUGUCUUCGCUACACUGGGAUCAGAAUGAAACCUUUGCCCAGUUUGCCGGUGACCACACCCUCCUGCCUGACGGCUACUCAGCCAUCUUCAGCCAGCUAGCCGAGGGACUGGACAUCAGGCUGGGUCAAGCAGUUGUCAGUGUGGACUACUCGAGCAAGACUACGGUGGUCACAACCAGCGACGGAAAGGAGUAUAAAGCAGCCAAAGUUCUUGUGACAGUUCCCCUGGCCAUACUGCAGCAGGGAUUGAUUGACUUCCAUCCUCCGUUGCCCGUCAACAAACAGAAAGCUCUUCAGACUCUAGGAGCCGGAACCAGUGAAAAGAUUGGCAUGCGAUUUCCUCGGAGCUUCUGGGCCAAGAAGACUGCAGGGGCGGAUUACUUUGGCCACACCCCCUCCGUGGAGGACAGACGAGGCUACUUCAGUGUCUUCUAUGACAUGACGCCAAAUAGUAAAGAAAGCCACGUCCUGAUGACAGUACUCAGCGGUGACGCUGUGGAGAAGACCAAAGAUCUCACAGAUGAGCAGAUCAUCGCAGACUGCAUGGAAUGCCUGAGAGGACUAUUCCCUGAAGAGGAUGUUCCUGAGCCGACGAGUUAUUUUGUGACUCAUUGGUCCAAGGACCCGUACGCUCAGAUGGCGUACAGCUACGUCAAGACCAGCGGGCACGGGGAAGACUACGACACAAUGGCGAUGGACGUCAGCCGGACAGUGUUCUUUGCAGGAGAGGCCACAAAUCGUCACUUCCCACAGAGUGUGACAGGUGCUUACCUCAGUGGGGUGCGAGAAGCCACCAAGAUUGUCUCCUGCUGACAAACACAGUGAGACACACGGACACACAGGAACAGAGUCUACAGGUACAGUGUGACGUAUGCCGACAAAUACCCAGACACACAGGGUGACAGAUACCCUGACACUGACGGUGCCACAACCAAGUCACAGAGCUAUAAAGAUGGUCUCCUGCUGUCAAAUACAGUGACAAACACUGUCAUACCAGUACAGAGUCUUUGUAAAUAAGGAUGGCAAAUACCGUGACACACAGGGUUGCAAAUACCCUGACACUCGGGGCCUCCAGCAAAGUGUACAGUGCAUAAUUUGUACAAAUUUCCAAUGUUUGUUUUUCUGCAUUUCCUGAGAAAUAGAACAUAACGUCUCCAGUUUGUGAAACAAAAAUGUACUUGAAGGAAUUUUCGUUGAAAAAACUAUGAGAAUUUCACCACAUUCCUUGUUCUAUUUUUAGCUCCGCCUACAUCUUCAAUUAUAGGCUCCUCCUCCUUGUCAAACACGCUGCAUCUACCUAGUUUCUCUCCCUUCUGAAUUUUGUUUUGCAAUUUUGAGAAUAUUAUUUACUGAAUUUAGCUACCUCAAACUCAACUGAAAAACUUGUAAUGUUUUUGUUGAUUAUCAUUACAAUUAGUGUUUAUGGCUGCAUUAAUAAAAAAAAAGUUUAAUAAUCAAUAGUGCUAUGGUGUUUGUAUAUAACUUCAGUUUCCAGUAGUUUUAAACUCUUGCGAGAAGUUUGCAAGUUUAUUCGAUUUAUUUCUUCAAACUAUUAAUUUCCCCAAUUUAUCAAGUGUUGCUAACCAUCAGUGAAAACCUUGGCAGAAUUAUUCUCAUGAAAGAAACAAUUUUUUUUCCUUUUGCAAAAGUGUAUGUCUUCCGAAAUCCCUGUGUUUUUAAUAAUACUGCGCGUCAGUGUUCAGCUUUAUUGACCGCUUUGCUGAGGACAACAGAAAUAAAGCUUGCAAAACUUAUUAAUUUAAUUCCCCAAAAUAGAAAGAAAAUUGUCUUCACUAAAUUUGGAAAGAAAAGUAGUAGGCUGAAAUUUUUUUGUUUAAUCACUGCCAGUUUUGUAGUCCAGUGUAUGAAAUUCCAUGUAAUAUAUGUGUAUUAUAGAAGUACCUGUUGUUUUAUGUAAAGUACUAGCUGUCAGUUUAAGUCUGCUUGUGUAUUGGAUCACAUCAAUUAAACUUAAAUAGGAGGUGUCGACAGGUGUAUUGCUGGUAUAUUGGAGGUCCUUCACUGUCUGAGAAAAAAAAAACACCUGCACUGCCAUUUGAGCCUCAUGUUUGAAUUUGAUGUGCCUCUUAAAAACAGGCUGUCGUUUGACAAUGUUUAUAAUUUAAUUGUUGAAAAAUGAGCCAUUGUAUUAAGUCUUCAUCGAGUUACAUUGAUGUUUCUUUACCAGCUCUUGGCCAUUUCUCAAAUCAGGUUUUGUCUCCAGCUGUGGUGCGGGGCUUCAACAUCCGGAUUUUAUGGCCCUCAACUCAGAGACUAUCACUUAAUAUUGUAAUGGGUUUGUUUUUUCUAAUAUUUCAAAUCAAAUCCUCCUUUGAAAAAGCAAAUUCUAAAAUUCUCAUCUUUCCAUUUGGUUAGGUUUGUGCUUUGUGGGUAGAGACGUAGCCAAAACUGGAAAACGAAGUCCAGGUUUGAGAAACUGCAAUGCCUUCACAUCUUUGUCUCGAUGUAAUCUUUGAAAAUUGAAGUUCAUAUUGUUUUAUUGUUGGUAUUUUCAUAGUUUUCCAGAAAUGUACAAAGUUUGAGUGAACAUGUAGCAUCUAGGUGUAUUUAUUGCCAAUGAAAAAGUGUUUUCUUUGUCUCUUUAGUUUAUUUUCUUCUUUGAUUUAUAUCAAUUGUAGUUUGUUUUAUAUCAACACAAUGAUUGGACAAAACUUUAGGCCACAUGUGUUUAAAACUCUGGCCACUCUCUUUGCAAGAACCCAAAAUAGGCUCUUUUGUAAGUCUGGCGAGAAUCAUUGAAUUAUGAAUAACAAAAUUGAGUCUUUGAGAUAACGGUUAUUCCAUUUUUUUUAUAUAAAGCAAUUAGGUCUCAACUACUAAAAGAUUGUUGGAGUCAAUUGUUUAUCAUAGUCAGAACAAAUUCAUUCAGCCAAAUACUUCGAUAAUAUCCUCAAUUGUUAAAACCAUUUUUGCCAGUUUGUAGUAUAGCUGUUGUAAGAAUUUUUUGUACCAUUUUGUAAAAUAAAUAAUGUACUGUUUGAAAACUA